GUGGGGUUGAAGGUUUUUUUGACUGGUUUGCAGACUGCGUAGGGUGACCGUUGGACCUUCGGGUGGUGAGCACUUUUGACACAAUAAAAAGGACGGGUUUUGCGGCAAUCUACAUUCGAGGGCAACCCCAAUGACGCGGCUUUGGUGCAUUGCAAUGAGCGUGUGUGCUGGUUGUCGAUGUUGGUGUGUCCUAAUUCCCCCCAUGCGGUUAACAUUGUUUGUCAUGAUCUCGGCAGCUCGGCGCCUGUUUUUCUUUAUGCACUGAUCUUAUGUUGCCCUUUCUCCUAGAAGGCAGCUUCUUCCUCUCUAGGACUUGCCAGGUUGCGUCUAUGGCCCUCUUGCACUCUGGGCGUAAUGUUUGCCUUCCUUGGGCGUGGUAUUUGCCUGCCUCGGGCAAACUUGCUGUUGUUCAGGAGUUCCCCGGCGCCCACGAUGCGUACAGCUACCGCAGCGUGGGAUGGCCGGGGGUGAUGGCGCUAGCGGCGGUGGUGGUGGUUGUGCAACGCGUGUUGAUGGACGUGGCUGGGUUUGCGUACUAUCGUACUGCCUUGUCAUGUGACGCUGCAUGAAAGUUGUUUCAGGUCUCGUUGUGGCUGGGGAACUGUCACCACUAUUAGUAUAAGAAUGGAGGCUGCGGUGGCUGACAUGAUAUGUGUAAGUCGGAAGCAUGGAGUUUUAGGAACCUCAAAUUCGUGACGUUAUCCUCCGCAUAAUUAAGGCAUGGCCGCACGGGCUUUGCACGUUAUAAAUGCAUGCAGCCAGUAGCCUUACUAUUAAAGUAUGGGUGCAUGUGUACGCGCAG